CAUCAUAUGCAUAUCUAUCACCCCUGCAGUGAUGUAUUGACGAUUAUAUCACACAACGAAGAAGCUUGAUGGGUUUCAACUGCCUGCAGAGAUUGUUAUCUAUCUCUGUCGCUGAUGGUGAUCAAGAAGAUAUCAUUGUACAAAUUGGAGAUAUUCGACACUCCCGGGCCAGGAUCAUUGCGAACCUGUGUCAAACCUGUGCGGCCAUUGGAGUUCUCAUGAUGAUUAACGUCUUUUCAAGCCCGGUCACGGCCUUAUUCUCCGUCGUACUGCCUUGAAUUGACGCCCGCUAGUAAAACACAAAUAGUGAACGGUAUGCAUAUGAUGUAACAAUAAAUCCUCAAGUGACAUCCAAUGAUGCGCUUACUACUGGUCUGCAUCUUCCUUUACCUCGUUGGAGCCAUCCAAGCUCAGGCUACACCUAAUACAACACUGAAUGCAACUGAUGGUACUACUGCACCCCCGACAGCCUACGGUUCUGAAUCGUUGACGACCAGAACCCUAUGGACCAUCGUGUCCAGCUCGGUUCUCACUCUGUUUGCGUGCACAUACAGUGCGAUUCACCCAAAUAUCCUGAGUCCCAAGGACAGCCCCCAUCGUAUCCUACGGCGACAAUUCGGCAUCAUAAUAAUGGCACUUAUUGCUCCUGAACUGAUCGUCGCAUGGGCUAUGCGCCAGUGGUUCAGCGCUCGCUCUGUCACAAGACAGUUUGAGAAAUCGGGGUAUCCCAACAUUCGUCUCGAGUCUGAAGAACAAUACACUCGAGGUCACCAACUUUACGCUCUAUCUCGCACCUCAAAUACAUUUCUUCGUAACUCGCCUGCUUCUCAAGAUCAAGAUAGCUCCCGGGUUCUCUUAGCGCAUCCUGAAGCGCGCACCCUAGGACAUGAGGGGACUCAUGCUCUGAAGCCAUUCAAAAAGUUGCUCAAAACUUAUGUUUCAGAGCCAUACGAAGAUUAUGUGUGGACUCUUGCAAAGCCGUUCACAAAUAUGUUUAAGGUCUAUGUUUCAGAGCGAUCUGAAGAUUAUACAUGGACUCAAACGCACAGCUUCUUUGUGCUCAUGGGUGGUUUCAUGCUUUAUGUGGACGGGGAACCCUACCUUACACUACGGUAUAAUGACAUUCUCGAACUGUUGCGCAAAGACUGUAUCGACUUCCCUAUCCUGACGGCGAACCAGAUCUAUGACAGGAGCAAAGGCAAUGCGAUAUCGAAAGGAUUGGUCAUGCUUCAGGUGGCCUGGUUUGUCAUGCAGCUCACCACCCGCGCCAUCUGUCACCUCGAAGUCACUCAGCUCGAAGUGGGGACACUCGCUUUUGCAGUUCUCAAUUUCCUAACCUAUGCUGUGUGGUGGGACAAGCCUCUCAGCGUGCAAUGUCCGCAUCCAGUGUACUGGAAGUCGACUGAGUCAAGGCCAGAGGAUUACAUUGAUCUCAGUGACAGAGACAAAACCACUUCGUUUGGGAUCUUCUCUCCAGUGCUCGGCCCAAUUAUAGAACUGAUAGGCUUGUUCGACGUCCCCACAUCCCUAAUACUCCGAGUUCCAACAUUUGAUGGCAGCAUCAAACUCGGACACUCGGACAAAAUGGUCAUUCAACUUGCUGCGUUGAGUAUGGCAACCAUAUUCGGUGGCAUCCAUUGUCUAGCUUGGCCUUUUGCCUUCGUUACACAUCAGGAGCGGCUCCUCUGGCGCAUUUGUGCCCUCGGCAUAACUGGCACACCCUGGCUUUUCUUUUUUGCGACUUUUACAUUCGAUUCAGCAGCUCGUGCCAUCCUCUUGGUGCUUAUGUUCACCACUUUACGCCAUCUUCCUCCUGGAGCAUACUUGGCAGUGGAUUGGGUUACUUUUGUUCCGCACUUGUAG